AAACACUAUAAUUAACUUCAAAUUCCCGUCAAACCCCAAAACAUAAAACAUGAAGUACAUUCUCGGUAUACUAUUGUUAUUAUUAGGAGUUACAGUUGACGGCAAGAUUGUGCAAUUUAUUUUCGGGGAUUCGUUAUCGGACGUCGGUAACAACAAGUACUUGUCUAAGAGUCUUGCUCAGGCCAGUCUGCCUUGGUAUGGUAUUGAUUUUGGCAAUGGACUGCCUAACGGAAGGUUUACUAAUGGUCGUACGGUUGCUGAUAUUAUAGGUGAUAAUAUGGGCUUACCGAGACCGCCGGCUUUUCUUGAUCCGUCUCUAACAGAAGAUGUGAUAUUGGAGAGUGGUGUAAAUUUUGCUUCUGGGGGAGGUGGUAUCUUGAAUGAAACUGGCGGCUUCUUUAUUCAAAGGUUUUCAUUAAAUAAGCAAAUAGAGUUAUUUAAAGGCACACAACAACUUAUUAUCAGCAGAAUCGGGCAAGAAAAAGCACAGAAAUUCUUUGAAGAAGGCAGAUACGUGGUCGCAUUAGGAAGUAACGACUUCAUUAACAAUUAUUUAAUGCCGCUUUACAGUGAUUCAUGGAAUUACAAUGAUAAAACUUUCAUUGAGUACUUAGCGCAAACACUUGAAGGACAACUUACAACAUUGCAUAGCUUAGGGGCAAGGGAGCUGAUGGUAUUUGGGCUAGGCCCAAUGGGCUGUAUUCCUCUCCAAAGGGUCCUAAGUACAUCUGGGGGCUGUCAAGAUCGAACAAAUAAACUAGCACUUAGCUUUAAUCAAGCUUCAGCCAAGCUAAUGGAAAAUCUAACCACGAAGCUUGCUAAUGCAAGCUUCAAAUUUGGAGAUGCUUAUGAUGUUGUCAAUAAUGUGAUCACCAAUCCUAACAAAUAUGGGUUCAAAAACGCGGAUUCGCCAUGUUGCUCAUUUGGAAGCAUACGACCAGCCCUCACAUGUAUUCCAGCAUCAACAUUGUGCAAAGACAGAAGCAAAUAUGUGUUUUGGGAUGAAUAUCACCCAACAGACGGUGCAAAUGCUUUGAUUGCAAAUGAGCUCAUCAAGAAAUUUGGAUUUUUAAGAGUAAAUGAUACAAAUGCACCAUCUCCUUCACCACCAGCUGAUGCCCCAUCCUCAGAUUGAACAUCUUUAUGUAUAUCUCAAUUGUUAUUUCUAGAGUAGAAAAUGUUUAUUUGUCCAGUUUUUCUUUGUUAUCUUUAGUAAUUUUUGCAAUACAUUUUGUUGCAUCUAAUAACUUAUUAAUUAAAUUUGAGAAGAAAGUCUUUGCUCUUA